GUUUCCUAACAGAAAGACACAAAAAACUCCCUCAACUUUGUAACUAUUUUUUUUUUCUACUCUCUUCUCAAACUUACAAACAUGUCCAAUCUUCCUAAACCAUCUUCCCCUUCUCCUACCAAAACUCAUCUAAAUUCCAUUGAUGAUGAUCCUCAGGAACUCCAUACAUGGCCCACCAUUUCUGAGGCAGUGCAAGAGAUGAAGGCAAUAGGAAAGAUAUCAGGGCCAACAACACUAACAGGACUACUCCUCUAUUCCAGAGCAAUGAUCUCCAUGCUCUUCCUCGGCUACCUCGGCGAGCUCGAGCUUGCCGGAGGCUCCCUCUCCAUUGGCUUUGCCAACAUAACUGGCUACUCAGUCAUAUCAGGCUUAGCCAUGGGAAUGGAACCCAUUUGUGGACAAGCUUAUGGAGCCAAACAAAUGAAACUUCUAGGCUUAACCCUUCAAAGAACAAUCCUUCUCCUUUCCUCAAUUUCAAUACCCAUUUCCUUUAUUUGGUUCAACAUCAAAACAAUCCUUUUAUGGUUCAAUCAAGAUGAACAAAUCUCUUCUAUUGCUAACACAUUCAUUCUUUGCUCAAUCCCUGAUCUUUUCUUCCUUUCUAUUCUUCACCCAUUAAGAAUCUAUCUAAGGACACAAAACAUAACAUUACCCUUAACUUAUUGUACCCUUAUCUCUGUUUUUAUUCACAUACCCUUAAAUUUUCUCCUAGUAGUCCAUCUCAAAAUGGGAAUUUCAGGGGUUGCAAUAGCCAUGAUAUGGACUAAUCUAAAUCUUUGUAUUUUGCUUUCUUCUUUUAUAUACUUUUCUAAAGUGUACCAAAACUCUUGGAUCACCCCAAGUAUAGAUUGUCUUAAGGGAUGGUCUUCAUUACUUGGACUAGCCAUACCCACUUGUGCUUCGGUUUGCCUAGAAUGGUGGUGGUAUGAAAUCAUGAUUUUACUUUGUGGUGUGUUAUCUAACCCAAAAGCAACAUUAGCAUCUAUGGGAAUCCUUAUUCAAGCCACUUCAUUUAUCUAUGUUUUCCCAUCAUCAUUAAGCUAUGGUGUUUCGACUCGAGUAGGGAACCUUCUUGGGGCGUACCGCCCCAAGAAGGCUCAAGUAGCCAUGGUUGUUUCAUUAGUAUGGGCGUUUUUGCUUGGUCUUAGUGCUACCAUUUUUACUACCCUUAUGAGAAAUCAAUGGGGUAGAUUUUUUACAAAUGAUCAUGAUGUCCUUCAUUUAACUUCAAUUGCAUUGCCUAUUGUAGGCCUUUGCGAGCUCGGUAACUGCCCACAAACAACUGGUUGUGGGCUGCUUCGGGGGAGCGCAAGGCCUACAAUUGGAGCUAAUAUUAACUUGGGUUCCUUUUAUUUGAUCGGAAUGCCGGUUGCUGUCUUUUUUGGAUUUGGUUUGAAGAUGGGUUUUGCUGGUUUAUGGUUAGGACUAUUUGCAGCACAAAUUUCGUGCGCGCUGCUAAUGCUUUUUGUUCUUUGUAGAACUGAUUGGGUUUUUGAAGCAGACAAAGCGAUGAAUUUAACAAGUUCACAAAAUCCGCCAUUAUUACCAGUUUUAUCAAUUAAGCCUGUCGAUAUUGAUAUCGAUACGAAUGUGUGUAGUAAAGAGAAAAUAUUGUAUUUACCUGAAAAAGAAAAAGAUGGUAAGAUUGAAACAGAACCUCUGAUAAUCAACUCUUGUAAUGCAUAAUUAAAAUCUCUUAAGUUGUUUAGUUAUUAGUAAUUAAUUACUAAUUAUUAUGCACAUUUAAACUUUAACCCACAUUUUUGCCCAUCUAAAAUUAAAAUUAUGGAAGUCACUAAAAUUUGUAGUACUUGUGAAUGAUGUAUUUUUAUUAUUUAUGUUAUUAUGGGAAUGGGAGGAAUAAUUAUUGUUGUUUAUUCAAAAGAGAAUAUGUAUUAUAUAAUGUUUACUUAUUAAACAAAGAUUAGAUACUAAUUUGAUCAUGUAUACAUGUAUUCUAUUCAUAGCUUGGUGCUAAAAUUGGGAAUGUGGUCUCUGGUUUUGCAUGCUUUAAGAAUUUUGACUUUGGCAUCCUCACCAUACCCUCUAUCAAAAUUUUGAUAAAUGACUAUUGGUGUUAAAAUUAAAAUUCUAUGUUUUUAUGAUGGUGUUAAAAUUG